AUGGGAAUUCUGGCGACUUCGAGCACAAACGGUUCAAUCAUUAGACCAGUGGGAUUUUACGUUAUCGGAUUUAUGCAUUUAAAAUAUGCCGAUUUAUAUGUAUUUUUCCUCGGAUUCGUUUAUGUUGUAACGGUUUUGUGCAACUCAUUUAUAGUUUCUAUUAUAUGGUUCAGUCAUCACCUACACACUCCAAAGUACAUUGCGGUGGCUAAUUUAGGGGUUGUCGACCUGGUGCUCAGCUCAACCUUCAUUCCUAGUGCUAUCAACACCAUGAUCACGAAAGAUACAUUCAUGUCCUACAACGCAUGUGUGGGACAGAUUUUUUUUUAUUACGGUUUUAUAGGAUUAGAGUCAUGUUCUCUUGUUGUUCUCGCCUACGACAGGUUAAUUGCGAUAUGUUUCCCACUUAGGCAUAAUUCUAUCAACACGCCCAUGAGAAUGAUCAGUAUCUUAGUGAUUGUUUGGACCCUUAUUGUAAGCAUCUUUGUGUUCUUGGUCUUGAUAUUGGAAAAACUCUCCUUUUGUGAUUCACUCACUGUGGACGACUUUUUUUGCGAGUACGCGGCCGUGAUAAGACUAUCGUGCAAUGAUAACACACUGCAGUGGACCGCUGCCUCUUCUCUGACUAUACUGCUUCUGUUCGCGCCGUUUGGUUUAAUCGUCAUGUCAUACGCCUGCAUUUUGACAGCCGUGUUUAGAAUGAAAAAUUUAGCGAGCAGGUACAAAGCACUUGCAACUUGCACAGAGCAUCUCCUUGUUGUGGCGAUUUUCUACGUGCCGAUCUUAACGCUGUACACCAUCGAACUGUUCUUAUUCCUCGUCGGUCCAGAUGCCAGAAUGCUGAGCUCGUCAUUAGCCUCGUGCAUCCCGUCCUGUUUGAACCCCAUUGUGUAUUCAUUGGCAACAAAAGAAAUCAGGAACAGAAUACUUGCCAUGCUCCGCAAAGUCAAGGUAACAGCCUGGGCAGGGCAGCCGACGACCAAAAGGUCGCAAUAA